AUGAUUCCUUGUAUAUACUGUUUAACAACGAAAAAAGACGAAGAAGUGUACAUUAAAAUCUUACAUCAUAUACAAGCUAUUGGAGAAAAACAAGGAAUUUAUUUUAAUCCACUUCGUCUUACCUGCGAUUUUGAAAUCAGCACAAUGAAUGCCUUUACAAAAGUUUUCCCCAUGAUUCAUAUCGCAAAUUGUUUUUUCCAUUAUUCUCAAUCUCUAUGGCGCAAAGUACAAGAAUUAGGCUUAACAAGAUAUGUUAAAUAUUCAACAUCAUCGAAAGAUAAAACUCCUACAGAAGACAAGAAAAAAGCCAAUCAAUGGUUCUUAAGUGCAAUUGGACUUGCUUUAAUUCCUCCAAACAUAAUCGAAAACACGUGGACCAUGGCUAUGGAUGAAAGUACACCUGAUCAUCAUUCUUCCAUUAAAUUCAACGAUUAUCUGGUAUCAACAUACGUCGACAGCAGUUCCAGUCGUUUUCAUUUUAAUACUUGGAAUGUCAAUGAUGCUAUUGUCAAUAAUAUGCCUCGUAUGAAUAACCACGUUGAGGGUUAUAACAAUAUACUUGGUACUUUGUUUCCAAUUCAUCCACAUACAUAUCGGUUCAUUGAACUUUUACGUGAUGAACAUUUAUUUCAGCAACAUCAAGCUGAACAAUCAAAAUGUUUUGUACCAAGAGGUCACAAAUCAAGCGAUGACAUUACAGCUGAACUUCUCUCUCUUCUCAAAAAAUACAAAAAAGGUGAACUUGAUGGUUUACAAUUGUCAAUUCAAUGUGGUAAAGCAGUUAAAACAAAAUUAGUUAUCAAAUAA